AUGUCCUACGAGAGUCCCCGACGACGCUCGUCCAUAGCCACGACCCAAGGGCCCUUCCCCAUCCACCAGCGGGCCCACCAUGCCACCAACCUCCACUACUACGGCAACCGGCCCGGUGUGGCGGUGGCACAAAGCGUCCCGACCGGUGGCGUCCCCGUGCUCAGUCGAAAGAUGGUGGCGCGGCGCAUCUCCGAGGGCGAGAGUGGCCGGCUCAAGGAGGAGCUAAAGUGCGAGGCCUGUGGCAAGGGAUACAAGCACAUUUCGUCGCUGGCGAAACACCUGUGGGAACAUACGCCCGAAUGGAACGUGACCAGUAAGCUGCUCAUCAGCAAACACCAGCAAGUGCAGCUUCUGGAGGCGGCUUCGAUUCUCGUCAGCAUGAACGAGGGCGACGAAGACGAGCUCGAACCCAUGCCUCAGCUGCAGCCUCUGGGUUCUCUUGCUGCCCAGCAACAGCGAGAGCGCGAGCAGCAGCAGCAGCAACAGCAGCAACAGCAGCAGCAUCAGAUUGCACAGAACCAGCUACAGCAGCUGCAAGCCCAGCAGCAACAGCGUGGCGAGCCCAUGAUGCAUUUGCACUCCCCGGGAAGCUACACGUUGUCGCCUUCUCCAGGCCCUAGUGGACACGUGACUGGCCAUGGUCCGGGCGCAAGUCACGGAUCGGGCCACGUGCCCACCCCGUCACACCACGUGCCACACAAUCCCCACGGCGCGGUGUUUGCCCAAUCUCCGGCGGCGGCGUUUUCUCCGGCAGGGUUUUCGACGUUUACUCCCACGCCAGGUCGACGGAACUCGCUGCAAUUUGGCAUGAGCACGGUGGCCGAGGACGACGACGAUUUCGGCACGUCCAAGAGUCCCCGGGCGUCUGCUCCUCUACCUCCAAGGUUCUCGUCGAGUCUGUAUGGCUCCAGUGUCAAGGAGGAGGAUCGAGAGAGAAUGGAGGAGGUUCCAAGUCCGACCAAGAGCGCCAGCAGUCCGGAGAAGUAUGGCGAUGAGAAGGAUGAUGAUGAUGGAGUUUUUGGUGAGAUGGACUGA